AUGCUUGACGGCCAAGAAAACCCUCGUGGCCGGCAGGCUGUUGAUGUGUCCAUCGCAUUUACUGUCCUAGCCUUCAUCAGUGUAGCCCUACGACUCUAUACUCGAUGGUUCAUCGUUCGCGCUCCGGGAACUGAGGACCAUCUCAUUGUAGUGGCAACAAUCUUCUCCAUUCUUCUUACUGUCUGCAUUGCGUACCAAGCAAAAUGGGGAAUGGGCAUGCAUGCCGACACCUUGUCAUGGGAUGACAACGUCAAGGUCUCGAAGGCUUUCUGGGCUUCUCUGAUCGCCUACAACCUCUCGCUUGGCGCCACGAAGACCUCCCUUCUGCUGCAGUAUCACCGAGUAUUCCCAACCCGAAAGUUUCGAGUCGCAUGCUGGUGUCUCUUCGCCUUCGUCUUUUGCUACACCAUUUGGACCGUCUUCAGUAGCAUCUUCGCCUGCAUCCCAGUGCAGGCAUUCUGGACCAAGGAGCGCGCGCGCUGCAUCGACCAAUUCGCUAUGUGGUUCACCAACGCCGCCAUCAACAUUACGACCGACUUCGCCAUCAUCAUCCUCCCCAUGCCUGUGAUCCGGCGUCUGCAGCUCGGAAAGCGACAGAAAUCAGCGUUGAUCGGGAUCUUCACUGUCGGCGGCUUUGUCUGCAUCGUCUCGAUUCUGCGCCUGCAAUCCCUAGUCGCGAUAUCCAACAGCACCGACCGAUCUUACGACAACCCGCCGGCUGCAACCUGGUCCUCCGUCGAAAUAAACGUCGGCAUAAUCUGCUCCUGCCUGCCCCUCCUCCGGCCGCUGAUGACCAAGUGCCUCCCCGGUGUCCUCUCUAGCCACCGCCGCAGGACGCAUAGCACGCCGCGCGUCUACCCUACCAUCGGGAGCGCACGGUCCCGUCCGCUGCCCAGCCACAGUGGCGACUUUCCGCUCCAGACCAGGACUAAGGGGUCGGGAGGUGGCUCGAGGAGUAGUAGUGAGAGUGCUGCGAGGGAUAUCCAGGUCGAGACGCAUAUUUAUGUCCAGGUUGAAGGUGGCGGAGAGAGGCUUAGUGGGUGGGAGACGUCGCGGAGUAAGAAGACGGAUGGGAGCGGUAGUACGGAUACGCUUGUUAAGGGUCCGAGCGAUGUUGUUUGA